AUGGAGUCCCGCCCUUUGUGCAGGCAACCUGCCGCGCUCGCGACGAGCUAUGGAACUGCUUCCGUGGAUGCAGGCGCGUCGGCACCGACGACGCCCCUGCAAAGUACCGAGUUGAAAGAUGCAUCAACUGCGAUGGUGGCAUCCCGGGCCCCACUGCCUCCGAUCUCAACGUCAAGCCCAUUGCAGCAGUCACGGUACUCGGCGGGGGUGCCAUUUGCCGCUGACGUCCGAUCACCGUUGCUCCACCGAGCGUCAGCCCAGACGUAUGGCAGUCUUCCAGGUAGCCCUGUGAUGCCUUCGACUGCUGUUGCGAAGAACAAGGUGUGGAAUGACAAGAAAGGCGAGAAAAAUGCGUGGGAUUACAUCCACAUGGACGUGCGUCGGCAAAGCCGCGAUCGUCUUAGUCGGUUCCUCGACCAAAGCGAUGUUGGCUCGAUCGUGGAUAUCGUGGAGGCUGUGUCGGCGUUGGCGUUCGCGUGCAUCUACGUCAUGUACACAUACCUUCCCGACAACACGCACCUUGUGUACUUGUGGCACGCGGAACUGUUUAUCGCGAGCUUCUUCUUGAUCGACUUUGCGUUCCGCGGAAUCGCCUUGUCCACCGAACCUUUCGACGACAUGUUGUCAUUCACUGGUUUUGUAAACCUGGGCACGAUAUUCCCCGUCUUGCCUGUGUCGUUCUUCAUGCCCAACUACAACUUUUGGACGUCGGGCACGUUCUGGCGCUUCAUUUACCCCAUUCGGUUCCUCAAGGUGUACGUGGAAGGCCGUCGCGUGAUCAAUCGAUUCCACAACGACAUGACGCCGCUCACACUCUUUGCCGUGAACGCGUACUUGCAAAUCUUUUGCCUCCUCUUUUGCUCCGGCGGGGUCAUCCAGAUCGCCGAGACAACGUAUGGAGACAUGGACACGUACAACGGCGAGUGGACGUUUUUCAACUCGUGCUUCAACUCGCUCUUGCUCUUCGUCGCGAUGAAUUAUCCCACGGCAGACAACACACUGACCAAGUGCUUUGUCAUGUUCCUCAUCGUGCUCUUGAUCAUCGUCGUUCCGUACCAGCUCUCGAUUUUCUUUGAAAUCUACGGAUCGUAUUCGGCGUACGAGUAUGCCGUCCUGACGCCGUCCAAGCGCAUGAAACACAUCGUGCUCUGCGGCGACCUCACGCCGAACCGGAUCGAACAGUUCUUCAACGAGAUCUUCCAUGAGGACCACGACCUCGUCGACACUCGCGUCGCCGUCCUGUCGGACGAAGACCCGUCCUCCGAUCUGGUUGCGAUGCUCCUCGAUCCGUUUGUCGCGAAACGCACGACGUUCUUGAAAGGAUCGAUCCUGCACGACUACGACGCAGCGCGGGCAUCGUGUGCGUCGGCCAGCGCCAUCUUCGUCUUGACGCGCAAAGUCGGCCAGGAAGACGUGAAUGUGUCGGACCAUCGCACGUUCAUGCGCGCCAUGGCGGCCCAUCGCGUCGCGAAACACGUCCCGAUAUACGCGCAGCUCCACUUGUCGUCCAACAAGCAUUUGUUUCACGAUGUGGACCAGAGCAACGUGCUGUGCUUCUCGGAAGUGAUUCACUCGAUCUUGGCGCAGAAUUGCCUCUGUCCCGGCUUUUCCACGUUCAUUUACAACCUCACGACCACCGCGGGGUGCGAAACCGAGCUGGACGACACGUGGGAAUCGCGGUACCUCCACGGCGCAAGCCACGAGUUGUAUUCGGUCCAACUUCCUCCUGCGCAGGUGAUACAAGGACUCACGUUUGCUGAAGUGUCGGCUUGGAUUUAUUCGCGAUGCAAUGGCGUGAUCUUGUUUGCCAUCCACGUGCAGUCGGUUGAUGGCCAUGGCACGAUCGUGCUGAACCCAGGGAGCACGUACCAUUGCCGCGGCGGCGAGAUUGGAUUCGUCAUCGCCAAGGAUCGCAAGACGGCGGACCACGUGACGUCGCUGGCAAAGGAGACGCUCCAGCCUGCCGUUUCCAGCCACAGCAUGCUCAAAGCCGACAGCUUUCACGACAUGGCGAUCGUCGCGUCCGAGCAACCCAAGAAGAAAGGCAACAAUGGCGGGAGCCUUCAGGCGUUGAAGAAGAAGCGCAACUCGCGCACGUUGAUUUGGGCGGCGAAGGAACCAAAACCCGCGGGGCAAGGCAAACGCAGCCUGAAGGAUUGCGUCGUGUUCGAUGCGACCAAAGUUAAAUUCGCGUCCGCCCCCAUCGUUGUCUGCCUCCUCGCCCCGACGUUCCCCGACCACAUGGAGUACUUUGUCGUUCCUCUCCGCAGUCCGGUCGUCAAAGAGCACCACCCGAUUGUGUUUUUAACGCACAAGUUGCCCACGCGCGAGUCGUUCGAACCGCUCUCAUGCUAUGCGGACCUCUACUUUGUCGAAACGACCAAGAUUUGCUUGGAGUCGCUCAAGCGCGGUGGCAUUGAAAUCGCACGGCGCAUCGUGCUCAUGUGUGGCGGUGGCGAGUUUGCCGAAACGAGCAGUGCAGAAUUACUGGCGGAUGCGUCGUCGAUUGCAACCCACAAGAGCAUCACGAGUCUCCUCGGUCCAGCUCGGGCGCCCAGUGUCAUUACGGAGCUCGUGAAUCGGGCCAACGUGCAUUUCAUUUCGCACAACAUUGGGUCGACGCCAUGGUUCACGGCCGACGAUGAUCCCAACAGCGAGCUGUCGCUCGUGGACGCGGGCAGCUUCUCGCGGUCGCGAGCGUUUGCGUCGGGCUUGACCUACAGCACGUCGCUGUGCGACAGUCUCAUGAUCAACCAGUUCUUCAACCCCAUGAUCAAGAAUAUCGUCCGCGAGUUUGUCUUCUCCGCCCUUCGUGCUCACACGGCCGUCUUUCCAAACGUGAGCUCGCCCGUCAAGGCGGGGAAUCCUACGCGCACUGCUGUUCAACGGAGCGCCCUUUUCACGUGCGAAAUGCCCAUGGAUUUUGUUGGCAAGACCUUUGGCUACGUGUUUGACCACCUUCUUGCGUCCGAUGCCAUCUUGACCUUGGGGAUCUACCGCUGUGUCGAUCACACGACGCUCGCAGAAGUACCGCCGUCGGCAUCGCUGCCUCCGAUGUCCCCCACUGGCAGUCCAGAACGGAUUCCCCCCGCGCCAGUGGAAGGCGCGCUGACUCCCUUGGUCAACCCCACCAGUCGCAUCGAAAUCCCCGAGCCGCUUCGGCCUGUUCCGUACGGGUUUGCCUACGUGAACCCGAAACCACUCGACAUCAUGACCGGGAACGAUCUCAUCUACGUCCUUGCCCACAAACAGCCAUUCUGGAUUGCUUGA